GUUGCAUCAUUGCCAUGCUCUACACGGGCACGCGGCCGUUCAGUGUGCAUGAGAACCAGGAGCAUCUGGCAAUGAUGGAGCGGCUCCUGGAAGAACGGUUUCCAAAGGAAAUGCUGCGCACGGCCAGAACCAUCCGGUCCGAUCAGGAGGAG